AUGGCUACGCCCAAAUUUUUUAUCCUAUUAUUUUUUGUGGUAUAUGGUGUCCAUUCUUUGUGUCAAUACGAAAAGGAUGAGACUACCAAAGUGUUAUCCAAAACCCAAAUGUCGUGUAAAAUCAGGACGUUGGAACGUAGUUCCGAAAACUUUUCAAAUUUAGGUGUCACCGUCCAAAAAUUAGAAAUUUUGACCAAAUUCAACAUAUCUUGUAACGAGAUGUUGCUCUUCGAGAGCAACAUCGGGGACGGUUUGUUCCUGAUAUUCCAGGCUUUAAACGAGUUGAAUAUAGAAAAUUGUAAGUUUUUAUUCUUACCUAAAUUUGCAUUUCACGGUUUGAGCCAACUUAAAAAACUAUCAGUGAAAUCUAAUAACCAACUCUGGGGCGCUAAUAAAAACUUGAACAUAUCCCAAGAGUCGUUCCAGGGUUUGAACGAACUCCAAAGCCUAAACCUGGCAGGUAAUAAUAUAAAUUUGUUGCAACAGAAUACUUUGUGUCCUUUAAAAUCUUUGCAGACCUUAAAUUUGACUGAUAAUCGUAUCAAAUCUGCAAACGAGUUAGGGUUUUCUGCAGGUGCAGAACGUUGUUCUGGAGGCGAAGAAUUGGUGACUUUGGAUCUGAGUUACAACAGGUUGGCAAAUAUUGGUGAUUUUUGGCAAAUUUCGAAAUUAAGGCGUUUGCAACAACUGCACUUGCAGCAUAAUAAUAUUACAGACGUGUCCAGUGAAAGUUUGAUAGGUUUGACUAGUCUAAGGAUCCUAAAUUUGUCGUUCAACAAACUUGAAAGUUUACCAAAUUUCUUGUUAUUCAAUUCAAGAGAAAUCAGGGAGAUUCAUUUGCAAAACAAUUUGUUAUUCGAGUUACCCAAAGGUUUGUUUCAUCGUUUGGAACAACUUUUGGUGCUUGAUUUGAGUUCUAAUCAACUGUCCAGCCAUCAUAUUGAUGAAAAUAUUUUUACAGGUUUGAUCAGACUUAUUGUUUUGAAUUUAUCCAACAACGCGUUGACACGUAUAGACUCCAAAACCUUCAAAGAUUUGUUCUUUCUACAAAUUUUGGAUUUAAAAAACAACUCCAUCGGAUACGUUGACGAAAACGCUUUCCUACCUUUGUACAACUUGCAUACCUUAAACUUGGCUGAAAACAGGUUGCACCAAAUCGAUAACAACUUGUUCAACGGUUUAUUUGUUUUAAGCAAACUGACUUUAAAUAACAACUUGAUCAACUCCAUAGACAUCAACGCUUUUAAAAAUUGCUCGGAUUUAAAACAACUCGAUUUGAGUUCUAACCAAAUCACCAGGAUUCCUAAAGCAAUCCAGGAUUUGCAGAUGCUUAAAAGUUUAGACUUGGGCGAAAACUUGAUUGAAAAUGUUGAGAACGACAGUUUCAAAAAUUUAAACCAACUUACAGGUUUGAGGUUAAUAGACAAUCGUAUAGGCAACUUGUCCAAACCAAUGUUCCAAAAUUUACCAAACUUGCAGGUUUUGAAUUUGGCUAAAAACAAAAUCCAGCAAAUUGAUAGGGAUACUUUUGAUGGUAACCAGAAUUUAGAAGCUAUACGCCUGGAUAAAAAUUUUCUGAUGGACGUUGAUGGUAUUUUUUCAAGUCUGUUGAACCUACUGUGGUUGAAUUUGUCGGAGAACAAUUUGAUUUGGUUUGAUUACGCUUUUGUACCAUUUAACCUAAAGUGGUUGGAUAUCCACAACAACUAUAUAGAAGUUUUGGGUAACUACUACAAAAUCCAGGACAAGUUGAAACUAAAAACUUUAGAUGCUAGUCAUAACAGAUUGACGGAAAUUUCUAACCUGAACAUACCUGAUAGCGUAGAAUUAUUGUUUAUAAAUAAUAAUUUUAUUAGGAAAAUCCACGCUAACUGUUUUUACUAUAAAAAGUACCUAACCAGGAUUGAUUUGUACGCGAAUGAAAUCAAACAAAUGGAUUUGAAUAGUUUGAAGUUGCCUAAGGUUUUGGAAAACUCUGGUGGCAAAACCAACACAGAAAUUUACCUAAGUGGUAACCCUUUCCGUUGUGAUUGCAGCAUGGACUUUUUGCUGAAUAUAAAUAAUAUUUCCAACAACGAUUUGAUAACGCACAGGUAUCCCAAAAUCAUGGACUCGGAGAACAUUGUGUGCAACGUUGAAAACAAUGUAAGAACCAGCAAAACUUUACAACUAAAAACAAUGAAAUCCUCAAACUUCUUGUGCGAGUACAAGUCCCACUGUUUCGUCUUGUGCCAUUGUUGUGACUUUUUUGCUUGCGAAUGUGAAAUGAUAUGCCCAUCAAACUGCAAAUGUCUAAACAAUCUCAACUGGUCCACCAAUAUUGUAGAUUGUGGAAGUUCUGCCAAUAAUGGCACCAGUAGUACAGAGAUACCAAAAAAUAUACCCUUUUACGCAACUGAAAUUUAUUUGGAUGGUAAUAAUUUCCAGAAACUUGACAACCAUGUUUUUAUUGGACGCAAAAACUUGCAAAAGUUGUAUUUGAACUCGAGCAACGUCGAGGUGAUUAGUAAUGAAACUUUUGCUGGUUUACUCAACUUGCAAACUUUGGACUUGUCUAAUAAUAAACUACAAGUGUUUGAGGGUUUUGAAUUUGUUAACUUGGACGCGUUAAAAGAACUAUAUUUACAAAAUAAUCAGUUAACCCAUAUUGAUAACACAACUUUCAAGGGCUUGACCAGUCUGGAGGUUUUAAGACUGGAUGGCAACAAAUUAGUCAACUUCGUUGACUUGAACAUGAAAACCAUGCAAAAAAUUUGGCUAGGUUCAAACCAGUAUGCAUGCUGUUGCAAAAACUUGCAAAAAAUCGCUAGUUUUGUCCAAAACAACCUGCUAAAAAUCCAAGACUUAUCCAAUUUACACUGCGUUUCAGGUGGCGUCAUCCAACGUUUAAACAUCGAAUCCGACAAAAACGUUUGCUCAGAAUUCUACGUCAAAAACAAUGAAAUUUCACAAGACUACAUCUACUUACUAGCCACUGUACUCAUUCUAUUCCUUCUAGUAAUCUUCAGCAUCCUACUAUGCUUUGUUUUUAGAAAAAGUUUGAAAAUCUGUCUGCACUCCAAAUUUGGUGUCACCUUAUUCGACCAACCAGAAUUCGAUAACUUGUUGUACGAUGUAAUGAUUUUGUACAGUGAAAAGGAUUUGGAGUAUUUGCAGAAGUAUGUUUUGGUGAAUUUGAAGGAUAAGUUUAAGAUUUGUUUGUUGCAUCGUGAUGGACAAGGUACAAGUGUCCAAGAGAAUUCUGAGAACUCCAAACGCCUAGUUUUGAUUUUAACGCGCAACUUUUUGCAAACUGAGUGGAUUAAACCGAAUUUGCGCCAGGUUUUUAGAAAUUUAGCAAUCCAGAAACGUCUGGUAGUAUUAAAGGACCAGAAACUACACAGGCAUGACCUGGAUGAAGACUUCAAACCCUUUUUGAAGACUGCUAAAGAUGUGAUAUCCACUGAUGAUAAAAACUUUACAAAACGCUUGCUGUACAAUUUACCGAAAGUUGGUAAGAAUUUGCAGCAGCUGCAAAAUCUGACAGCAACUACUUAUACUUUAGAGAAUAACACGACAACAGGUGCCAUUAGGCAACAGAAUUGUGUCAACGUAAACGCCAAGGCUGAUAUGUACGAUUUUGAAAACUACGAAGAAAACAAUUACUCGUCUGCGACGACUUGUACACCUUCUCCAAAAUUUGCCAAAAAGAACAUGAGGAAGUUCCAGGAAAAGGAAAAACCUUACACGCAACGUCCAAAUUCCUCAAAUGCCACUGAACACAUCUACUCCAGCAUAGACUCGGAUUAUUCCACCUUAGAACGAAGAAAUCUACGCCAAAAUAACUUCGAUCCAAAUUUCGGUCAGCAUCCUCCUAAUUUUGGUCAACUGCCUCCGAAUUUUGGACAAGUUCCUCCGCCUAAUUUUAGGCAAAUCGACCCUAGUUGGGUGGGUCAAUUCACGCCCAAUAGGGCGAAUAGUCCUAAUAAUUUCUUGGAUAGGCAGUCGCCCAAUUUUAUGAAUCAGAAUUUUAAUCAUAGUUUAAGACAGGCCAGUCAGAGGGGCAGGGGCGGUGAUAAUUCUAGGCAUGUCCAGGCUUAUCUGGUCUGA